CCGCUGUAAGCGAGGUCUCUUGGGCUGCUGAUGUCAUCGAGGCGAUUUGUACGUUCUGGAUGUGAGAACUUAAGAGCUCAUUUGACCAGCGAUAGCCGGUGCCACAAGUUGAUUUCCUGCAGCUUUCAGCACUCCAGAGGAAUUGCAGUGGUGCUUUUGCUCCCGCAUCGGCAGGCAGAGACCACAGCACGAGCCCAGCUGUAUUUACCCUCCACCUCCCCACCUCCUCAUGAGGAGUUAGACAACUUGGCCCAAGAGCUGAGUCGCAGCUUGUCAGUUGGAUUGGAGAACAACUUGAAGAAAAAGGAUGGUUCCAAGCAUAUCUUUGAGAUGGAAAGUGUUCGGGGCCAACUCCAGAGCAUGCUCCAAACCUCACGUGACACAGCCUAUCGUGCUGGCUCAGCGAGACGGGAAGAAGACUCUUUUGACAGUGACAGCACAGCCACUUUGCUCAACACCCGGCCCCUGCAAGACUUAUCUCCAUCUAGCUCAGCCCAAGCCUUGGAGGACUUGUUUCCCCGCUACACCAGCCUUCGGCCAGGGCCCCCACUCAAUCCCCCGGAUUUUCAGGGCCUGAGAGAUGCCCUGGAUUCAGAGCAUACCCGUCGCAAGCAUUGUGAGCACCAUAUUCAAAGCCUACAGACCCGAGUGCUAGAGCUUCAGCAACAGUUAGCCGUGGCCGUGACAGCGGACCGCAAGAAAGAUAUCAUGAUUGAACAACUGGACAAGACCCUGGCCCGCGUGGUGGAGGGCUGGAACAGGCAUGAAGCUGAGCGCACAGAGGUGCUUCGGGGACUUCAGGAGGAGCGCCAGGCAGCUGAACUCACUAGAAGCAAGCAGCAGGAGACAGUAACCCGUCUGGAACAAAGGCUUUCUGAGGCCAUCGAGGCCCUGAAUCGUGAGCAGGAAGGUGCCAGACUACAGCAACGGGAAAGAGAGACACUGGAAGAGGAAAGGCAAGCUCUUACCCUGAGCUUGGAGCUAGAACAGCAGCGGUGCCGGGCCCUGCAGGAAGAACUGGAUGAGGCUCGCGCUGGGCGACUCAGUGAGCAGCGACAGUUGGAGACGCUUCAGGUCACCCUAGAAGAAGAACGGCAGACCUGGGCCCAGCAAGAGCGCCAACUUAAGGAACGCUACCAGGCGCUGCAGGAGGAGGGCCAGGCUCAGUUGGAAAGGGAGAAGGGGAACAUGCAGAGGGAGGUCCAGGCAGCCCGGGAGGCCCAGCAGCAGCUCGCAUUGAUGCAGUCUGAGGUGCGGAGGCUGGAAGGAGACCUGGAUACAGCUCGGAGAGAGAGAGAUGCCCUGCAACUGGAAAUGAGCUUGGUGCAGGCCCGGUAUGAAAGCCAGCGGAUCCAGCUGGAGUCAGAGCUGGCUGUGCAGCUGGAGCAGCAGGUGACAGAGCGGUUGGCGCAGGCUCAGGAGAGCAGCCUGCGGCAAGCAAACUCCUUGAGGGAACAUCACAGGAAGCAGCUGCAGGACCUAAAUGGACAGCACCAGCAGGAAUUGUCCGCUCAGUUGGCUCAAUUCAAGGUGGAAAUGGCAGACCGAGAGGAAAGGCAGCAGCAGGUGGCUCAGGACUAUGAGCUCAGACUGGCCCGGGAGCAAGCGCGAGUGCGGGAACUGCAGAGUGGGAACCAGCAGCUGGAGGAACAGCGGGCUGAGCUGGUAGAGAGACUCCAAGCCAUGCUGCAGACCCACUGGGAGGAGGCAAACCAACUGCUGGGAACCUCUGCCCUGUCUCCUAACCCCCCGGUCCCUACCACUAGCCCCCCUAGCCCUGGGCCUCAGGAACCAGAGAAAGGGGAGAGGAGGAUCUGGACUAUGCCUCCCGUGGCUGUGGCCCUAAAGCCUGUAUUACAGAAGAGUCGGGAAGCAAGGGAUGAGCUGUUGGGAGUGCCACCUGUUCUCUGCAGCCCCUCCCCAGAUCUUAGCCUCCUAUUGGACCCCAGUUUCCAGAGCCAGCAUUCCUUCCAGCCCCUGGAGCCAAAGCCUGACCUCACUUUAUCUUCAGUUGGGACCUUCCAUCCCAAUCAUAGAGCAGAACGGCCGUUCCCUGAGGAAGAUCCUGGAUCCGAGGGGGAUGGCUUCCUAAAGCAAGGGCUGCUGCCCCCUUCUCAGAUGGAGGGCCUCAAGCAUUUUUUGCACCAGCUUCUGGAGACAGUACCCCAGAACAACGAGAACCCCUCUGUUGAUCUGUUGCCCCCUAAGUCUGGUCCCCUGACUGGCCAGUCUUGGGAGGAAGCCCCUCAAGUGCCACGCCUCCCACCCCCUGUCCAUAAAACCAAAGUGCCCUUAGCCAUGGCAUCUAAUCUUUUCCGGGUCCAUGAGCUUCCCUCACAGAGCAGUGUUCCCAGCAGUGGCUCCCCAGAGAGAGGUAGAGAUGGGCUCGCAUCCUCAAGGCAGCUGAUGGAGGUGUCUCAGCUGCUACGACUCUACCAGGCCCGGGGCUGGGAGGCACUGCCUGCUGAGGAUCUGCUGCUCUACCUGAAGAAGUCGGAACACAGCGGGACUGAGAGCCGAGGGGAUAAUGUCCCCAGAAGGAACACAGACCCCCGUUUGGGCGAGAUCCCUCGGAAAGAGGUUCCCUCCCAGGCUCUCCCACGCCGCCUUGCCACAGCCCCUAAGACUGAAAAACCUCCAGCACGCAAGAAAAGUGGACACCCUGCCCCCAGUAGCAUGAGGAGUCGGGGGGGAAUCUGGAAAUAAGCCCCUGGCCCUUUCUCCUUUUUGUUCUCUUAUUACUAUUUUAAUAAAUGCUCGAUAGUCUUA